CUACCCACACCUAUGACAUUUACAUUCUGUCAUCUAUUCACUGUUCACAAAAAGAUACUUACGUUAGGUUCCCUGGCCAGUUAAGCAGUUACAGAUCUGUCGCUCUCUCUCCGGGCCUCCACCCAAAUGUCCGCGACCGCCGAGGAAUCUGAAUUGCAGAACGGAGUCAAACCAGAACUUUCGGAGCCGGAACCAAAGCUAGUGGCUCAACCUGAAUCAGAAACAGAGCCGGUGGAAUCGGAGUCAGUGCCGGAGCCCAAGCUGGAACCACCAGUGGCAACAGAUGCAGAUCCAGAUCCCGAAGAACUUAAAGAAAGCUCGAUCCAAUCCAAUGAGGCUGAUAACAAAGCAGCGAAUGCUUCAACUGAGCGUCAGCUGCGCAAAGACGAAGGAAGCCGAACGUUCACGAUGAGGGAGUUGCUCAGUGGAUUGAAAGGCGACGAGCCAGACGAGACCGGGCCAGAUGCUACCUCGCCUUAUAGUCAAGAAAGCCCACAGCGACAUGUAGACCAAAAUAAUGCUGCUAUGGACUUAAUUAAUAGUGUGACUGGUGUAGAUGAGGAAGGCCAGUCUCGCCAACGGAUUCUUACAUUUGCUGCCAGGAGGUAUGCUUCUGCUAUAGAGAGAAAUCCAGAAGAUUAUGAUGCAUUAUACAAUUGGGCAUUAGUUCUUCAGGAAAGUGCAGAUAAUGUUAGUCAAGAUUCUGCUUCACCUUCUAAGGAUGCCUUGCUUGAGGAAGCUUGUAAGAAGUAUGAUGAGGCUACCCGUCUUUGCCCCUCGCUUCAUGAUGCUUUCUAUAAUUGGGCUAUUGCAAUAUCUGAUCGGGCAAAAAUUCGUGGCCGUACGAAGGAGGCUGAAGAACUAUGGAAGCAGGCAACAAAAAACUAUGAAAAAGCCGUCCAACUCAAUUGGAACAGUCCUCAGGCACUCAAUAAUUGGGGUCUUGCUCUGCAGGAACUAAGUGCAAUUGUUCCUGCACGAGAAAAGCAAAGAAUUGUAAGAACUGCAGUUAGUAAGUUUCGUGCAGCCAUUCGGUUGCAGUUUGACUUCCACCGAGCAAUUUACAACCUUGGAACUGUUUUGUAUGGAUUAGCAGAGGACACACUAAGAAGUGGGGGAUCAGACAAUGCUAAAGAAGUCUCUCCUAAUGAGUUAUAUAGCCAAUCUGCUAUCUACAUUGCAGCUGCUCAUGCAUUGAAACCAAAUUAUUCAGUUUACAGCAGUGCCUUGCGGCUGGUUCGUUCCAUGCUACCUUUGCCACAUCUGAAAGUUGGAUACUUGAUGGCACCACCUGUCGGGAAACCAGUGGCACCUCAUAAUGAUUGGAAACGUUCCCAAUUUGUUUUAAACCAUGAAGGGUUUCUUCAGGUAAACAAAGUUGAGCAAGAACAAGUGCCACAAAGCCUCUCUGGAAAUACAGGGGAUGUAGUGAACAAUGACAAAAGGGGCAUCAGAAUUGAUGUUCCAGAUAUAAUUUCUGUAUCAGCAUGUGCUGAUCUGACUUUGCCACCUGGUGCAGGCCUCUGCAUUGAUACAAUUAAUGGACCAGUUUUCAUGGUUGCUGACUCGUGGGAAUCCUUGGAUGGAUGGCUUGAUGCAAUCCGUCUAGUUUACACAAUAUAUGCACGCAGGAAGAGUGAUGUUCUAGCAGGUACUGAACGUUUGAGACAUUCAAAGAGAAGCCAUCCUUACUAAUUUCAGUGUUCCAUUCCAACAUGUUAUUCUGACAAUGACCCGAGCAUUUGACCAAAGGAAUAAAAAUAAUGAGAAAAAGGUUUAGACAAUUAAUAAUUUAAAUCAAACUGUUAUCCUCAAGCAUGCUUUCCAGUAAGAAGAAAAAUACCAAAAUUUUCCCUCCAAUAUUUCUCGAGGCAGUGCACUGGACCCGAAAAAGGGGAAAGAUAUAAAGGGAAAUCACACAAGACAGCGGGUGAUGAGAUGCAUUUUUAUUGUUUUUUGAGAAUGGAUACAAUGCGGUUCUACACCUAGCACGUAGCUUAUUAUGUAUGAUCUUAUUUGCACCUAUAAUUGGCUAAUUUGAGUCGGGGAUUACCCUGUGGUAUAAUGCCAUCAGCCAAAUCCUUUGAAAGCUUUUUCUAGGAAUGCAAAAAUUUCAUGCAGAUCGGAGGUUUUAUUUUGGCCAGAGCUAGAACUGCAGCGGGGAGGGUCCAGAGCCCUUCCCCGCAAAUCAAUCCAGAAGCAAUCGCAGGAACCAUCAACUCGGCCUUCUUAGAAUCAAGCUUGUGCAACACAAAAACAAUCAAACUCCCAAGGCACAUAUCAAUUGCAAAGUAUGCUCCGACCAGAAAAGGCACCGCCAUGACCAUUGGAAGCGGCAUAUAUUUUCCAACCUUCUGUGGGGAAAUAUCGCGCACCACAUUGACUCCAACCGCAAAGGCAACAAAGCCAUAGCACAUUUGCAGGCAGUGGCGAGGAAGAGCAGAGAAGCCUUGCACGCCUAGAAUUGCCAUGUUUCUAUAGAUCAAGGCAUAAGGAGCUUUGAACUCUCCAUCCGGGUUUCCCACAUCAAAUGCCUUGUAAAAAAGGAAGAAGCUAAGAGGAGUCGUCACACAGCCUAAUGCUGUGCCAAUGGCUUGGUUAAAGAACAUUGCUUUGGGGGAAGUGCAAGUCAAGUAGGCAGUUUUGAAAUCUUGCAUCAGAAUGCAAGCCACAGAAAUAACAGAUUUGACGAGGCCACACCCAACAAGCGCAGCCACCACGCCAUCUUCUUUUCCACACAACGCUGCUAAGACGAAGAGUGCCACUUUCCCGUAAUUGUAUGCCAUGUUUAUGUCCGUCAGUCCAGCUCCAUAAGCAUUGCAGAAUGCCAGAGAUGGAGCUAGAAAAUAGGCUACGACAACAAAGUACCAUUUAAGUUGAGGAAACAUGAAUGGGAUCACAAUUAUGGAAAUGAUGGCAAAGAUGACAUAUCCAACGGCUGCAAACCACAUGGGAAUGUUUUCACUAACGAAAAUUUCGUUCCGUUUCAUUACUUCAAUUGGCUUCUCUUGGCCAUCCACAUCUGCAUGGGAGAAAAAAAAAAAAAAAAAAAAACAAAGAAAUUGUUAGAAGAAGUAA